GUCACGUGGAACUGCAUGUCUGGGGUGGCGGUGACGGGGGGACGUGAAGCGCUGCGCACAAAGAUGGCGGCGCUCAGAGGCACGCGGAUCCUGCUGAGAAGAACCAGCCUUUCAUGUCGUCUGAUUCCACGGCGGAACCGGGUUAAAACGAAAUGGGCAGCGACGUUUCCCAGCUUUCCUGCCACCAGCUUAGCCUUACAGAACUUCGACAUGAGCUACGGUGAACCGCUGGGGGCACUGUGGCCCUCCGCACGGAUUAGCAUGUUGUGCGAGCAGAAGUAUGGGGCACUCCUCAACACCUUCUCUGAGACAACGGGGCAGGUGUCGGACUUGCAGAUGAAGGGAGCCCAGGAUUUCGUUCUCUGUGGCAUUUCAACCCCUGGGUCGGUGCCCAGAUCAGACGGGGCCGAGGCGAACCAGGCUGACCAUGUGCCGAAAUUCAGCCCUGGCAUCCAGUGCUUUGUGUUCCCCAAGUCCGACACCUCCCGCUUCCGGCCUGCCAGGCCAGACAGUAGUGGUGUUCUGGGAUACUAUCUGCUGGAUGCUGCAUCCAUACUUCCAGUCCUGGCCCUCGAUGUCCGGGAGGGGCAUUCCGUCCUGGAUCUCUGUGCAGCCCCUGGAGGGAAGACCUUGGCUCUCCUUCAGACACAAGCUCUAAAGAAGCUCACUGUGAACGACGUGUCAGACUCCCGCCUGAAGCGUCUGCGCAAGAUGCUACAGGACUACAUCCCCAGGGAGAUCUGGUCGGAGAACAGGGUUGACAUCACUUCCCGUGAUGGCAGGACAUGGGGUGAAAUGGGGCGGAGCACCUUUGAUAGGGUUCUUGUCGACGUCCCCUGUACCACUGAUCGACACUCUGUUCUGGAGGAGGAGAACAACAUCUUCAAGAGGUCCCGCACCAAAGAGAGGCAGAGGCUGCCCUUACUGCAGACGCAGCUACUGGUGGCCGGGAUGGAGGCAGUGCGCCCCGGUGGCGUUGUGGUCUACUCCACCUGCACCCUGUCCCAGCUGCAGAAUGAGUGUGUGGUGGAGCAGGCACUGCGUGUGGCUCAGGAGGAGCUGGACAUUGGCGUCCGGGUGGAGGACGUGGGGCCGUUGUCACGGCUCUUCAGCACCACCUUCUGCUUCGCCCCUGACCGCCGCUUGGGGGCGCUGGUGGUACCGCACCUCACAGCCAACUUUGGCCCCGCCUACUUCUGCAAGCUGCAGCGGGUGCGCUAGGCCGCGAUCCAGCGCCCUUCCGUUCCCCUUACCUUAAGCUGCUUGUUGGAUAUGCUGGUGAGGGACGCUGCGGGGGCCAGUAUGCCGAACUGUGUCCCUUUAGGACACGUAAAAGACCCUGGGAAAUGUGCAUAUGUACACUGUGGUUUAUAAAUUAAAUGUAUUUAAAGCAAAUUAUAUUAAAAUUUACUAGUCAGUCGUA